UAAUCUGUGUUUGGAACUGUCAUUCCACGAGAGUGAACAGCCCCUGUCUCCUUGUCUUUAUCUAUCUAUGCCCUGUCUUUUACGUAGGGAUCGUCAAUCAGCUCGUAUAUAUUUAAAAUGGCCAAACGCACCAAGAAGGUAGGAAUCACUGGUAAAUAUGGAACCCGAUAUGGUGCUUCUCUUCGUAAGAUGGUCAAGAAGAUGGAAAUUACACAGCACAGUAAAUAUUCAUGCAGUUUUUGCGGAAAGGAUGCUAUGAAGAGGUCAGUGGUCGGCAUUUGGUCUUGCAAGAGAUGUAAAAGGGUCGUCGCAGGUGGCGCUUGGGUUUACGCAACUACUGCUGCCUCUUCAGUAAGGUCAGCGGUAAGGCGUCUGCGGGAAGUGAAAGAGCAGUAAAGCUGUAAAAUUAGUUAAAUAAAAAUGAAACAAAAAAUUA